GUAUUUUACUGAAGUUAUGUAUGAACUACUACUGGAUUUGAAACAAACAUGGACAUCUGCAAAGAGGAAUGAUGCCAUCACACAAAUACCAUGAUAUUAGUACUUCCACAAGAUUUUAGGCUGGGAAUAUAUAAUAGUGGGUUUUAUAUAUCGACAUCACCCGUGUGUGCUGUUAUAAGCACCUGCUUCAUGUUGGCAUCAUUGUGACUUACUGCAGAUGUCAUUGGAAAUAAACUUGUGUUUCUAUUUUCUUCAUGGAUCACAGUAUGAGUUACUAUUGCCAUUAUGCAAUUAGCUUUGGAUAGCUACCUGAUUUUUCCAUAUCAAGGAACUAAUGACAGCCCUAUAUAAUAUAAGGAGAUAUGCCUUUAAAAAGAAGCUUUCAGAAAAAGGCUAGGCACAGUUGGCAUAUUGCCCAUGUCAAUCAUUUCUGUCUGGUUUUUUUUUUGCCAUGUGUGUUUUUAUGUAUGAGAUUUGUUCUAUUAAUUUAUCAAAAUUACUUUUGUCUCUUCAUGGUUUUUUUGUAUUGAUUCUUGAAUUAAUUUUAGUGUAGUUUGCAUCUCAUUUUGAGCAGUGCUUAUUUUCUCAUGCUGCAACAUUGUUUCAAUAGAUCCCUGGCUUGUUGGGCUGGAUGUUUCAACAGAGGGUGCAGAGGAAGUCUUUUUUAUAAGUCUGGUGAGAUUUGAUGCACUCAAGUCAACUACCUUAGGCUAAAAUCCAAACUGUAAAAAGAGCCAACUACUUUUGGCUAAAUCCAAAUUCUCAAAAAGGAAAAACAAGGUAAAAAAGAAGGCUUAGGCUAAAAUCCAACCCCAAAAAAUCGAGCCAACCAGUCAAAUCACAGAUGCAAAACGCCCGCUGUGUCCAAAUAAUUCCUGUUUUGGUUGUAUCCAGAGUCAACAGAUAUAAUUGUAGAAAGUCUUUUCUCUUACAAACUCACAUAAAGGCACUUUGUUUACACCAGGUGUUGUUUCAAGGUCAAACACUUUUCAAAUUAUUUUAUUUGGUACUACUAUAGUAUUUCCUUUCACCACUAGAUGUCCUCAUACACUGUUUUAUCAAUAUCUGGUUUUAAAAGAUUGUUACAAAGUUUCCUUUUGAAGUUCUUUGUAAGUUAUUUAUCCUAGAAAUUAAAUGUAUUUUUUCUCCACAUCCUGUAGGUUAAGCAGUCUUUCUUUGAAUCAAUCUAAGUUCGAUUUUUAAGCAUUCUUUUAUCUUCCUUAAAAUCCUUUCCCCUCCUGUAAUUGCUCGCCACUUUUAACUCUCUUCUCCCCUAGUCAUUCUGGGGUCUUUACUUCAUAGCUUUUUUCCGAAUGAGGGGAUUAACAUUUCUAAGUCCAAAAGGAAAAAGAGUGAAAGAACAGGCUCUCCCAGUUUCAGCAUACUGUUGACAAUCAACUGUUUAGCGGAGCACUGUGGCUCCUCACUUCUCUUCCGGCUGGCGAUGACUUGGGCUGUCUGGGCUUACCAGGCAGCCUUUCUUCUGUCCUUUUGGAGGGUUUCUUCAGUCCAUUCAGACUGACUGCCAUCUGGUCUGGACUCCCAAAGCAUCCCUCCUUCUUGGUUGCCCCUCCAGAGCAACUUUCCAACCCCUUGGGGUCACUGGGCCGAACGAAAUCGGGCUAAGAAGCCAGAGCCCCAGCUUCUUUCACCCAUCUCGUCAAACGCCAAACCGGAAGUCUUUGAACACACAAAAAUAUGGCAAAUAUAUCCAAAUUCUCAAGUUAAAAGAUGAGGUAUUUGUGAGAGGCUUCAACCAGGGGACUUUUAAAAAAAGAAAAGAAAUAUCUUUUUGGUGUUUUAUGAAAUUUAGGCAGAAUACAGCAUUUGCAGUCCAUGAAGUCUGAGACGGUAGUUUCAAGAAUUUGUCUUCCAAAUGUACUUGAACAUCUUUGGUGAUUGAUCUAACAAAUGUAGCCAUGGCUGGGCCUGGUCUGCGAAUACCAAUGGAGCAGAAUAAGAUCCACCAUGAUGAAGGCUAUCCUCUUGAUCUUGAGAGCUACUAUGAUAUCACCAUGAUUUCCAACUUCAGAAGAAGCAACAGCCCUUCCAAUAGGAGCAAGCGCAGGGCUCACUUCUCUUCCAGCAUAAAUGAAAAGGAAAAUCUCCGCUUAUGGAUCCCUGAAAACAUUCAGAAAAAAGAAUGUGUUUAUUUUAUUGAAAGUUCACAGUUAUCCGAUUCUGGGAAAGUGGCAUGUGAAUGUGGCUAUCUCAGGGAAGAACAUUUAGAGGAAGCCAUAAAACCUAUCAUCUUCCAAGGGAAGGAAUGGGACCCCAGAAGACAUGUCCAGGAAAUGCCAACAGAUGCCUUUGGGGACAUUACUUUUACAGGAUUGGGACAAAAGGUUGGGAAGUAUGUGCGAGUCUCUUCCAGCACUUCUCCAAAAACACUUUACCAGUUGAUUACACAGUACUGGGGGGUUGAUAUACCCAACCUCUUAAUAUCAGUGACAGGAGGAGCUAAAAAUUUCAGCAUGAAGAUGAGACUGAAGAAUAUGUUUCGUCAGGGGCUUGCCAAAGUGGUACAAACAACAGGUGCAUGGAUCAUCACAGGUGGUUCUCACACUGGUGUGAUGAAGCAAGUAGGAGAAGCACUACAGGAUUUUAUGCUGAGCAGCACCUAUAAAGGCGAGAUUGUCGCUAUUGGCAUUGCAGCUUGGGGAACAAUACACAACCGUAAUAGCCUCAUCUGCCACACGGGUAGCUUCCCUGCAGAAUAUAUUUUGGAUGAGGAAGCUCAAGGAAGCCUUUGUUGCCUGGAUAGCAAUCAUUCACACUUCAUUCUGGUGGAUGAUGGAACACAUGGGAAAUAUGGGGUGGAGAUCCCUUUGAGGACCAAUCUUGAGAAAUACAUUUCAGAGCAAACCAAGGUGAAAGAAGGAGUUGCCAUUAAAAUACCUAUUGUUUGUGUAGUGCUGGAGGGUGGCCCUGGGACUCUUGAUACAAUCUAUAAUGCAAUCAACAAUGGCACACCAUGUGUGAUUGUAGAAGGCUCUGGUCGAGUAGCUGAUGUCAUUGCUCAGGUGUCUAAUCUCCCCAGCCACAAAAUAAGCAUUUGCCUAAUUCAGAAAAAACUGAGUAUAUUUUUCAAGGACAGCUAUGAAUUAUUCACAGAGAACAAGAUUGUGGAAUGGACCAAAAAGAUCCAGGAUAUUGUGCGAAACAAGCAGCUCCUGACUGUCUUCAGGGAAGGCAAGGAUGGACAGCAAGAUAUAGAUGUGGCCAUUUUGCAAGCAAUGCUCAAAGCUUCCCGGUGCCAUGAUCACUUUGGCCAUGAAAACUGGGACUACCAGCUGAAGCUUGCGGUGGCAUGGAACAGAGUGGAUAUUGCCAGGAGUGAGAUUUUCACCGAAGAUCAUGAAUGGAAGCCUUUUGAUCUACAUCCAAUGAUGGCAGCUGCCCUUAUAGCAAACAAGCCAGAGUUUGUGAAGCUGUUUUUGGAGCAAGGUAUACAGUUGAAGGAAUUUGUUACCUGGGAUACUUUAAUCUACCUCUAUGAAAACAUGGCAACCUCCAGUGUCUUUCAUGGGAAGCUGCAGAAAGUGUUGCUAGAAGAGAAGGAGCAUGCCGCCAUCUCCAAAAUGCCAAGGAUCCAGCUGCAUCAUGUAUCCCAGGUGCUGAGGGAACUGCUGGGAGAUUUCACACAUCAGCUGUACCCAAAGCUGAACAACAGUGAGAAACACCAUCUCCCUAUUGUAUUGCCCCAGAACAAGGUGCAAGGAGUACAUCUUCAAGCACUCUAUAAGUGUUCUGCUGCCCAGGCACCAUUCAGCAUGGAUCCUGUGAGGGAUUUACUUAUAUGGGCAAUUGUUCAAAACCGCAAGGAGUUGGCUGAUAUAUUUUGGGCUCAGAAUCGAGAUUGCAUUGCAGCAGCAUUGGCCUGCAGCAAUAUGCUGAAGGAAUUAUCUAAGGAGGAAAACGACACUGACAGUAGUGAGGAAAUGCUAACCCUGGCAGACAAGUAUGAGCACCGAGCUAUAGGUGUCUUCACAGAAUGUUAUCGGAAGGAUGAAGAAAAAGCCCAGAAUCUCCUGAUCCGGGUCUCUGAUGCCUGGGGGAAAACCACAUGCCUUCAGUUAGCUCUGGAAGGCAAAAAUAUGACGUUUGUUUCUCAUGGGGGUGUUCAGGCCUUCCUAACCAGAGUUUGGUGGGGAAAACUGAGUGUUGAUAAUGGGAUAUGUCAGGUCAUCCUGUGCAUGCUGUUCUUCCCUCUUCUCUAUACAGGCAUCAUAACUUUCAGGAAAAAAAGGAUCCAGCCAACGCCUGGUUUGAACCGCUUCCGAGCUUUCUUCACUGCUCCUGUGGUCAUCUUCCACUUCAACAUCCUUUCCUACUUCAGUUUUCUCUGCCUAUUUGCUUUUGUGUUGAUGACAGAUUUCCAGUCAACUCCAUCCUGGCCAGAAUAUGUCAUCUAUUUCUGGCUUUUCUCCUGAGUGUGUGAAGAGGCCCGACAGCUUUUUUGUGAUCCUGAUGGGUUUGGCUUGAUCAAAAUGGCUUCUUUAUAUUUCAGUGAUUUCUGGAAUAAACUGGAUGCCUGUGCCAUUCUGAUCUUUAUAGUUGGGUUGGUCUGUAGAUGGUUCCCAGCAACUUUGUACUCUGGAAGAAUUGUACUAUCCUUAGCUUUCAUUAUUUUCUGCCUGCGUCUAUUGCACAUAUUCACAAUCAGUAAAACUCUUGGUCCCAAGAUUAUUAUAGUGAAGAGAAUGAUGAAGGAUAUCUUUUUUUUCCUCUUCCUCUUGGCUGUUUGGAUUGUAUCCUUUGGAGUAGCCAAACAAGCUAUCCUAAUCCACAAUGAGAAACGGGUAGACUGGAUCUUCCGAGGUGUUUUUUACCAUUCGUACUUGACAUUAUUUGGACAGAUCCCUUCCUAUGUUGAUGGAGUGAAUUUCAACUUUGAUCAGUGCAGUCCAAAUGGGACUGAUCCAUAUAAGCCCAAAUGUCCUGAGAGCAGUGAAGCCAACAAGAAGCCCAUUUUUCCAGAGUGGCUGACAGUAAUUUUACUUUGCCUUUACCUACUCUUCACCAACAUUCUCCUUCUCAACCUGCUCAUUGCUAUGUUCAAUUACACAUUCCAGCAAGUGCAGGAGCACACUGACCAGAUCUGGAAAUUUCAGCGUCAUGACCUGAUUGAAGAGUAUAAUGGCAGGCCACCAGCUCCACCACCCUUUAUCCUCCUAAAUCACUUGCAGAUAUUUGUCAAAUGUGUGUUUCUUCAGAAACCACCUGCACGGCACAAGCAGCUCAAAAAGAAAUUUGAGAAGAACGAAGAGGCAGCUUUAUUGUCCUGGGAGAUGUACUUGAAGGAAAAUUAUUUGCAACUCCAACAGUGUCAACAAGAACAGAUUCCUGAGCAGAAGAUCCAGCACAUCACAGACAGAGUGGAUAAAUUAACAGAAAUGCUGAACCUUGAUCAGGGGAAAAUGAUGAGGCUAUUGGAACAAAGAUUGUUGCACUUGGAAGAACAGGCAUUCCAGUUUGCAAAGGCAUUAAAAUGGAUUGUUCAAUCAUUGUCUAACAGUGGGUUUGGUACAGAGGAAGAUAUUCCUGUUUUAGUCCCUAGCAGGGCUGUUGAAACAAAGGAGCAGCAAGCAGAGGAAGUCUCAGAAUCUUUAUUCACCCUGUCCCAUGUGAGUUCUAGGAACCUCUUGUACCCCAAGUCUCCUGUCAUUCGUUUUCCUGUGCCAGAUGAGAAGGUGCCAUGGGAGACAGAGUUUGAUAUCUAUAAUCCACCCUUCUAUAGUUCUGAAACACAAGAGGAUAUUACACCAAAGUUCCCAAGAGACAAUUUGGAGAACCAUUCAAGAAUAAACUUCAACAGCCUGGAUGGAGAUAUCAACAGGCAGAGUUUCCAUGGCACUUACACUGUUGAGGAUGGCCUGCCACUAAACCCCAUGGGCAGGACAGGCUUGAGGGGCCAAGGAAUCCUUAGGUACUUUGGACCCAAUCAUGCCCUGCAUCCAGUUGUGACACGUUGGCGGAGGAAUAUUGAUGGAUCUAUUUAUAGAAAAAACUUGAAGAAAAUGCUGGAAGUUCUAGUAGUCAAAUUCCCUUUCUUGGAUAAUUGGGCUUUGCUUGGGGGAUCUCUUGAGCCUGGGGAAGCAUUGCCACAAAAAAUAAAACAGGUCCUGAGACGAGAGUUCUGGCCACAAUUUCAGAAGUUGCUGAAUCAAGGAACAGAGAUAUACAAAGGGUAUGUGGAUGAUCCAAGGAACACAGACAAUGCUUGGAUAGAGACAGUGGCCAUCAGUGUACAUUUUGAAGAUCAGAAUGAUAUUGAAAUGAAGCGUCUGAAUUCGUUUCUCCAGGGUUGUGACUUUGAAGUGAUGGUGCGCUGGCAGGUGGUGGACAAGAAGAUCCCCCUUUAUGUCAAUCACAAAGAACUUCUGAGGAAAGCAACUGUCCUUUUUGGAGCAUAUUUCUAAUGGCCAAGAGCAAUGUUAAAUUUUGCAUUUAAAUUUCUUCCUCAGCUCUUCUUAACUGCAGUAAACCAAACUGUAUUCUGCUUUUCAGUGGAUCUCUUUAAGACAUUUUCCCAUUCCAGCUGAACUUAGAAAUGAAAUUCUUCUUGAUUUGGCCAAAAAUGUAUGCUUAUUUGAACUGCAAAAAAGCUUGCUUUCAUUAUACUGAAGCCCUGAGUUCCUUUCCAGAAAUGCCACACAUAUUCCUAUGGAUCAUGUAGAGUUAAUGGACAUCAGGGUUCUGGAUGGCCUCAUAAAUUUGUAAAGUAUACAAUAAAGUGAAUUGUAAUUCAUCUUGGAAUACUAUUUAACACUAAUAGCAGGGGAGUAAACAAUCUCUCUGUUCAAAUUACACACAACAUCAUUAGUGCUGCCUUUGAAAAACCAGUACAUAUCCAGUUCCCAAAGAUUUCUGGUCCAAUUGUUCAUUCAGUCAGAAAGCCAUCAUAUUUCAGCAGAUCCAGUACUUAUUGAUGGUAUAUCAUAGCCAUUGCCAUGCUGAGCUGGAGAAUAUCAGCUGGCAUUACUGACAUCCAAGACAAAUUUUUGAAGUUCUUCCAGUGCAACCUUUUCCAGUUUGACAUUAACCCAAAUUUACUGGCUGUGGAUAAACAUCACACUAACCUCUAAUUUAGUAUUAUGACAGGAAUGCAAAAAGCAAUGCAAGCUACCAUUAUUGCUUUUGCAGCAACCAGAAAUCAAAAUUUUGAUAUAUAUUUUUUUGCAUUUGGAUGAGCAUGCAGAGGGAUUUAAUGGGAGUAUAGAUGUCUUAAGACUGGCAAAUAUGUAGGGAAUCUAUUUCACCCCUGAAACUCCCUCCCCAAAUUGCCCAUAAUCACAUUUUGGAAUGCCUUCAACAUGACAAGAAUAAAUUUCUUUUUUUUUCAAAACAAAUUUUAUUGGUUUUUUAAUUUCUUAAAACAAAGUAUUCAGGACACACCGUGGUGCUGGGGUAAUCAAACAUCCUAAAACAAA